CCACCUCCGCCAUCCCCAACGCCACCUCCUCAGGCCCCACAAGAUGCAGUUUGAGAUGCACGACCGCGUGAAAGGCAAAGCCAUGUCCUACCCGGUGACCAGCCAGCCCCAAUGCGCCAGCAGUUGCUACCAGACCCAGCUCAGCGACUGGCACACGGGUCUCACGGAUUGUUGCAAUGACAUGCCCGUCUGUUUAUGCGGCACAUUUGCGCCACUGUGCCUCGCCUGCCGCAUCUCGGACGAUUUCGGCGAGUGCUGCUGCGCGCCCUACCUGCCCGGUGGCCUGCACUCCAUCCGAACUGGGAUGCGCGAGCGUUACCAUAUCCAGGGCUCCGUCGGGAACGACUGGGCGGCCCUCACGUUUUGUCUGCCCUGCGCCCUCUGCCAGAUGGCGCGGGAACUGAAGAUCCGGCAGUGAAAGUGUUGCCCACCCUCCCCAUCCAUGCCCACCGGUCCCACC